GAGAGAGAGAGCCGACGCGCUGCCAGGACAUUUGGGCUUAUCAUUGCGGACGAAGGUAGACUUUUCGGGGCGGGGAUGCUGAGGGACUUUCUCGGCACUGCUGCACUUCGAAUAGCCAAACCAAGACCAUGAGAGGGUGCGAGGCGGCAGAGAAGCGGCCGUCGUACCUUCGCCUUUGACGACGCCGUCCGCGGGUCCCUCGCUCAGCUCCUGGACGGCCGCGCAGCCAGGUGACGGACAGAGGAUGACGGUCGCAACGACGGAGGAUGCUACCGAAGUCGUUUGAGAAAAUUGUUUUCAUUCCACGGCGCGAGGCAACGGUGACACGCCGACAUUUCAGUGGGAAACGGUAUUUUGUUCCCCCCUUCUCCUUUCUACUCGACAUUGUGCAAAUUAGACUCAUCGUUAACGAAUGCAACGUUCCCCGGUCUCAGGGCUCGUCAGGGCGCGCUGGUAAAAAAAACACAACAGUGAUGUUUGAGGGCCACCUUAUUGCCACAUACUGUACCAAACAUUGCGGAUAUUUUCAAAAAUAAAUAAAUAACAGUAGCUUACCCCCCCCCUUUCAAUGCCUCUCAAGUCUCCGGAAACGCGACUGCUUCCAAAAUGCCAACUUGAUCGUCACUUACCACUCGUAUGUUGAGGCUGUUAAUGAUAUUCUUUUCUUUCUUUUUUUUACAAUCCGGUUAAUUGAGGCUGGUGUGAUAUUCAGAUUGUCAUUACACGCCAACAUGACAGUAAGAACAUAAACCGUCCAGGAAGGUGGAGGAGGCUGUGGUGCGCUCUGAUGCAGGCAUGAACCAUGGAGGACAUCCAACAUUCAUUUUGACGCGCUACAGACGCCCCACGAUUUCAAGCUGGGGACGAAUCCUGCCCUACACGGACGUGGGAACGGACAGAGUCUGAGACACACGUUCAAUUUCCUCACACCAACAAUUGGCCGUUGGCGGAGACGCGCAGAGAAGGAAACGGUACAUGGGCGUCCUCGCCUGCUAAAACCGAGCCCUGCACAACUGCUCGCCGGGUGCAGGUGUUCAGCAUAAGCCGACGACCCGCUGUGCAUAUGAGACGUUCUGAUCCGGAUGGGAUGUAAUGUUGUGUGGCUGCACAGCUGAGCAUUGGUCUCCUUCUCCGCUGCUUCGUGAAGAUUGGCUUUCGGUGUCCAGAGAAUGGCGCGGUUCGGAGACGAGGUACCGGCCAGGUAUGGCGGAGGGCCCGGCGGAGGGGGUCCCGGCGGCCGCGGUGGGAGCCGGCAGGGAGGCCCCCACGGACACGGACACGGACACGGGCACGGCCACGGUCCGCCCGGGCCCGGGGUCCAGAGAGUGUACAAGCAGUCUAUGGCGCAGAGAGCCCGGACUAUGGCCCUCUACAAUCCCAUUCCCGUGCGCCAGAACUGUUUCACGGUCAACCGCUCGCUGUUCAUUUUCAGUGAGGAUAACUUCGUGAGAAAAUACGCCAAAAAGAUCACCGAAUGGCCUCCAUUUGAGUGGAUGAUUCUAGCCACCAUCAUUGCCAACUGCAUCGUCCUGGCUCUGGAACAACAUUUGCCCGAUGGAGACAAGACGCCGCUGUCUGAGCGCCUGGAUGACACAGAGCCGUACUUCAUAGGGAUCUUCUGUUUUGAGUCUGGAAUAAAGAUCCUGGCACUAGGAUUCGCUUUCCACAAGAACUCGUACCUGAGGAACGGAUGGAACGUCAUGGACUUUGUGGUGGUGCUCACAGGGAUCCUGUCCACAGUGGGCUCAGAUUUCGACUUGCGGACCCUCAGGGCUGUGAGAGUAUUGAGGCCCCUCAAACUGGUUUCCGGUAUUCCCAGCUUACAGGUGGUGCUCAAAUCCAUCAUGAAGGCCAUGAUUCCUCUGCUGCAAAUUGGCCUGCUGCUUUUCUUCGCCAUCCUCAUGUUCGCCAUCAUCGGCCUGGAGUUCUACAUGGGCAAAUUCCACACAACCUGCUUCGACAAUCACACAGGUGAGAUCCGAGAAGAGUUUCCAUGUGGGACAGAGCUUCCGUCACGGCUGUGUCCAGAUGGCACCACGUGUAGAAAAUACUGGCAGGGACCAAACUAUGGCAUCACCCAGUUCGACAACAUCCUGUUUGCUAUUCUCACCGUCUUCCAGUGUAUCACCAUGGAGGGCUGGACCGACCUGCUCUACUAUAGCAACGAUGCCUCAGGGAGUGCAUGGAACUGGAUGUACUUCAUCCCCCUCAUCAUCAUCGGCUCCUUCUUCAUGCUCAACCUGGUGCUCGGUGUGCUGUCAGGGGAGUUUGCCAAAGAGAGAGAGCGUGUGGAGAACCGGAGUGAGUUCCUGAAGCUCAGAAGACAGCAGCAGAUUGAAAGGGAACUUAAUGGUUACCUGGAGUGGAUCUGCAAAGCUGAAGAGGUCAUCUUGGCGGACGAUGAGAAUGAAAAUGAUUAUGAUGGGUCCCGUAGGAGAGCCACAAAGAACCAUAAGAGCAAAGCUGAGCUUCUAAACCCAGAGGAAGGAGAGGGAGAUCUGGCCGUUGGUUCACCUUUUGCCCGUGCCAGCUUGAAGAGCUCCAAGCUCGAGGGAUCCACUUUCAAGCGGCGGGAGCGACGGCUGCGCUUCUUGAUCCGACACAUUGUCAAGUCGCAGGCCUUCUACUGGACCGUACUGUGUUUGGUGGGCCUCAACACAAUGUGCGUGGCUGUGGUCCACUAUGACCAGCCGGAACCACUUUCGGAUUUUCUGAAUUUUGCUGAAUUCAUCUUCCUGGGGAUAUUCUUGACAGAGAUGUUUGUAAAGAUGUAUGGCCUGGGCAAACAGGCCUACCUCAACUCCUCCUUCAACUGCUUCGACUGCAUUGUGAUAUGUGGCAGCAUAUUUGAAGUGCUGUGGUCCAUCAUCCAGCCCGGCACAUCGUUUGGCAUCAGUGUGCUACGAGCUCUCAGGUUAUUGAGGAUCUUCAAAGUCACCAAGUACUGGGCAUCUUUACGUAACCUCGUUGUAUCUCUGCUCAACUCCAUGAAGUCCAUCAUCAGCUUGCUCUUCUUGCUCUUCCUCUUCAUAGUCGUCUUUGCCCUGCUGGGCAUGCAGCUCUUCGGAGGACAGUUUAAUUUUGAAAAUGGCACUCCUCCGACCAACUUCGAUACCUUCCCUGCAGCAAUAAUGACAGUGUUCCAGAUUCUGACCGGUGAGGACUGGAACAUGGUGAUGUACGACGGCAUCAAGUCUCAGGGCGGAGUCAACAAGGGCAUGGCCUUCUCUGUCUUCUUCAUCGUGCUCACACUUUUCGGCAACUACACUCUCCUGAAUGUGUUCUUGGCUAUCGCUGUGGAUAAUUUGGCCAACGCACAGGAACUGACCAAGGAUGAACAGGAGGAAGAGGAGGCCGCCAGUCAGAAGAUCGCCCUGCAGAAAGCCAAGGAGGUGGCUGAAGUCAGCCCACUGUCUGCGGCCAACCUCUCCAUUGCAGCCAACAAAGUACACAGUGAGUGUCACAACGCUACCGACCCCUUUCUGGACUGUAAGGAUCAACAGAAGAACAACAAGGGACUCAGUAAGUCGGUGUGGGAGCAACGCACCAAGGAGUUGAGGAAGCAGACUCUGGCAUCCAGCCGCGAGGCCCUCUAUAACGAGCUGGACCCUGACGACCGCUGGAAGGCAAGGACAGGGAGGGAGGAGCAAAACAAUGUGAACUAUUCACGGAACAUCCGACCAGACAUGAAAACCCACCUAGAUCGACCCUUGGUGGUUGACCCCCACGAGAACCGGAACAACAACACCAACAAGACCACUGCCAACAAUUCAGACCUCUGCGUCAGCCAGCACCAUCCUGCUGACGAGCUCCACAGACAAACCCGCCUCCACGAGCACAGUGGACAAGUAGGUGGGGGUGGAGGAGGAGGUUCGGGUCCAGUCAGACCCCCCUUGGAGCGGGGGGAAUCCACAGAAAGCAAGCGGAGCCGUAAAGGUGAGCACCACCACCACUCCUCUCACGUCCGAUUGGAUGCUACGGUGAUACCUGGGCCGGGCUCGGAGGAGAGGCCGUCCAGGCGCCAUCACCACACCCGGAGUGGAAGUCGAGGCGGGGGGCAGUCGGAACACAGGAAGCCCAGGUCACACCGAAAGAUCGCUGAAGACGGUGAGGAUGGCGGGGCAAGUGCUGCAAAAACGGGGAGACACAAGAGCAAAGGGGUAGACGGAGUUGGAGGAGGAGGAGAGCAGGAGGGGGCUGGGGAUGGCGGUGAGCGGAGGCCGAGGAGAAAUCGCCAUGGCAACCAAACAGAGGGCGAGGGGAAGAGGAUGUGCCAGCAUAGAAGGAAGGAUUGCAGUGUCCCUAACCUCUCCACCACACGGCCCAUCCAAAAGAGCCUCUCCAGGCAGGACAGCCAGUACAGCGAGGAUAUGGACAACCUCAUGAAUACAAAACUGGUCUCUGGCUCUACCCCACCUAGCGGCAGUCACCCUAAUCCAUUGGUUAGCCACACUGUGGCCCCCAGCUAUGGAUCCGCCCUCCAUCUUGCAAACAGUGGCACUCAUGGGAGUUUGGUCACAUUAGAUAGCUAUGGGAACAUCGGACAUCACCGUGCCAACAGUGUCAUCAGGCUGCCCCACCCUGACUACACGGCACUAGACAUGCCAAUUUUUCCAUCCACCAAUGCCAUACUGCAGAUCAAUAAGAAUGCCAACACAGAACCUUUGCCAGCAAAGGAGGAUAAGGACGAUGAUGAUGACGAGAAGGGAGGUGAAGCAGGACCCAGGCCCAUGCCUCCCUUCAGCUCCAUGUUUAUCCUGUCCACCACCAACCCGUUUCGACGAGCGUGUCACUACAUCUGCACCCUGCGUUACUUUGAGAUGUGUAUCCUGCUGGUUAUCGCCAUGAGCAGUAUUGCCCUGGCUGCUGAAGACCCUGUGUGGCCCGAAUCCCCUCGCAACAAUGUUCUACGCUAUUUUGACUAUGUCUUCACGGGAGUGUUUACAUUUGAGAUGCUGACAAAGAUGGUGGAUCUGGGGCUGGUCUUGCACCAGGGCUCUUAUUUCCGGGACUUGUGGAACAUCCUUGACUUUAUAGUGGUUAGUGGUGCUCUGGUGGCCUUCGCCUUCACCAGCGGCGGCGGGGGGAGCAGCAAGGGAAAGGACAUCAGCACGAUCAAGUCUCUGAGGGUGCUGAGAGUGUUGCGACCUCUGAAGACUAUCAAACGUCUUCCCAAACUCAAGGCUGUGUUUGACUGCGUGGUGAACUCGCUGAAGAAUGUGCUCAACAUCCUGAUCGUCUACUUGCUCUUCAUGUUUAUCUUUGCUGUGGUGGCCGUGCAGCUUUUCAAGGGACGUUUCUUUUACUGCACCGAUGAAUCCAAAGAGUUUGAGCGCGACUGCAGGGGCGAAUAUCUGGUUUAUGAACGUGAUAACGAAGUGAAGGCGCAGAAGCGGGAAUGGAAGAAGUACGAUUUCCACUACGACAACGUGGCUUGGGCCCUACUCACCCUCUUCACUGUGUCUACCGGAGAGGGGUGGCCGCAGGUGCUGAAGCAUUCAGUGGAUGCGACUUAUGAGAACCAGGGCCCGAGCCCGGGAUACCGGAUGGAAAUGUCCAUCUUUUACGUGGUGUACUUCGUGGUCUUCCCCUUCUUCUUCGUCAACAUCUUUGUGGCUCUGAUCAUCAUCACCUUCCAGGAGCAAGGAGACAAGAUGAUGGAGGAUUACAGUUUAGAAAAGAACGAGAGAGCCUGCAUAGACUUUGCAAUCAACGCCAGACCCCUGACACGCCACAUGCCCCAGAACAAGCUGAGCUUUCAAUACCGAAUGUGGGAGUUUGUGGUGUCGCCGCCAUUUGAGUAUACUAUCAUGGCAAUGAUCGCGCUCAACACCGUCGUGCUGAUGAUGAAGUAUGACGGAGCUUCUGAAACCUAUGAGGCUGUGUUAGGCUACCUGAACAUAGUGUUUACCUCCCUCUUCUCCAUGGAGUGUAUACUCAAGAUCAUCGCCUUUGGAGUACUGAAUUAUUUCAAAGAUGCCUGGAAUAUUUUUGACUGUGUGACAGUUCUGGGCAGCAUCACUGACAUUCUGGUUACCGAGAUUGGGAUGAAUAAUUUCAUCAACCUAAGUUUCCUGAGGCUGUUCAGGGCAGCUCGUCUCAUCAAGCUGCUGAGGCAGGGAGAAACCAUUCGCAUUUUGCUGUGGACCUUCGUUCAGUCUUUCAAGGCUCUGCCUUAUGUCUGCCUCCUCAUUGCCAUGCUGUUCUUCAUCUAUGCCAUCAUUGGGAUGCAGCUGUUUGGGAAUAUUGCUAUUGAAGAAGAGGGAGAGAGUGCCAUCAACCAGCACAACAACUUCAGGACCUUCGUACAGGCUCUCAUGCUCCUCUUCAGGAGUGCAACCGGGGAGGCGUGGCACGACAUCAUGCUGUCAUGCCUGGGGGGUAAAGACUGUGACCCCCUGUCAGGAAAUCCAGAGCCGGAGUGUGGCAGCCAGGUUGCCUACCUCUACUUUGUCUCCUUCAUCUUCUUCUGUUCUUUCUUGAUGCUGAAUCUGUUUGUAGCCGUCAUUAUGGACAACUUUGAAUACCUGACUAGAGAUUCAUCCAUACUGGGACCUCACCACCUGGAUGAGUAUGUCAGGAUAUGGGCCGAGUAUGAUCCUGCUGCCUGUGGCAGGAUCAGUUGCAGGGAAAUGUAUGACAUGCUGAGGCACAUGUGUCCUCCACUAGGCCUCGGGAAGAGGUGUCCAGCACGUGUGGCCUACAAGAGGCUGCUCCGCAUGGAUCUGCCUGUGGCCGAUGACAACACAGUCCACUUCAACUCCACUCUCAUGGCCUUGAUCCGCACCGCGCUGGACAUCAAGAUCGCCAAGGGUACGGAAGGUGGUGUUGACAAGCACCAGAUGGACGCAGAGCUGAGGAAGGAGAUGAUGGCAAUCUGGCCCAACCUCUCCCAAAAGACUCUGGAUUUGCUGGUUACGCCGCACAAGUCAGCGACAGACCUGACGGUGGGGAAAAUCUACGCUGCCAUGAUGAUCAUGGAGUACUACCGCCAGAGCAAGAUCAAGCGCUCACAGGCUCUCCGGGAUGAGCAGAAUCGAACGCCAUUACUGUUUCAGCGCGUGGAGCCACCUUCCCCCGGCCAGGAUGGGGGCCCGGGACUUAACAACGCCCUCCCUCCACCUGAGACAAUGGAGACUGUUAACAACCUGCCAGUGGAGGGGGGGGUCCCGGAGAGCCACUCAUGGGUGACGGCCCGUGCUCAGGAGAUGUCCCAGAAAGUUGGCAGCUGGAGCCCUGAGGGACACCCUGAGGACGGCCUGGGAAGCAUGAGCAACUCUCAGACGGUAGAGAUGAGAGAGAUGGGGCAGGAUGGUUACUCGGAUACUGAGCACUUUCCACCAAUGGAAGGCCAUGGCAGGGCCGCUUCCAUGCCCCGCCUCCCAGGCGACAACCAACAGCGGAGGAGAGGGAAACAACGUGGCAGUAACCUCAGUACCAUCAACGACAGCAGUCCCAUGACGCGCUCGGCCUCGUCGCUGGGCCACAGCAGGUCCGGGCGUGGCCACCGGGACAAAGGAGGGGCCGACGACUACAUCAUGGAGCGCGUGCCCGAGGAGGGGAGGACGUCCAGACACGGACACCGACGAAAAGACCGGAGUCACCGGGCGUCUGAGAGGUCCCUCUGUCGCUACACGGAGGCUGACACGGGCCUGGGCACAGACCUGAGCACCACCACCCAGUCGGGCGACCUCACAUCCAAAGAGAAGGACCGGGACCGAGAUCGCGGACGGUCCAAGGACCGCAAACACCACCACCACCAUCACCACCACCACCAGGGCUCUGUGGACAAGGAGCGCUACGUGGCAGAGCGCGGGGGCGAGUACGGCCAUAGGCACUCCCGCGACCGAGAGCACGACCGCGACCGGGAGCACGACCGGGAGCACGACCGCGAGAGGGAGAGAGAGCGGGACCGGCGCUGGUCACGGUCGCCCAGCGAGGGUCGUGAGUGCAUAACACACAGACAGGGCAGUAGUUCGGUCAGUGGAAGUCCUGUCCCCUCAACUUCGGGGACCAGUACGCCACGACGAGGCCGUCGACAGUUGCCUCAAACCCCCGCUACACCCCGGCCCCAUGUCACUUACUCCCCUGUGGUCCGUAAGGCCAUGCCCACGCCACCUGCGGGGCCCCAGGGCAGACCCCCAGCCCCGGCCCCGGCCCCGGCCCCGGCUGCGGCCCCUCGCCGCUUUUCUCCUGAGCCUCCCCAAGCCCAGGGCCCACCCCACGCAGGCGUCCCACUGGCCCACCAUGGCACUGCCCGUCAGGGUCAUCAUCCCCCGCCUCGUUGGGGAGACACAGGUGGAGGAGGCGGGUCCGUGGAAGGGGACGGCUGCUUCUACCAGGACUACCAGGAUUAUGAGCCCCACCAUGAACCACCUGCCUAUGAGCAGAGCCCCAUACAGGGCAACCCUCAUCCACAUGCCGUGGCCAACCACCCACUGCCGCCUCCCCCACAAUCACAGCCACACAACCCGCAUCCCAUCCCUCCGACUCAGCCGCACCCUGUAAACAAUCCCCACCCUCAUCCUCCACCCCACCCACAGGCCACUCGUACCUCACCUAGGACUGCCCAUCAUGCGGCCCCUCCCACCACUGCCCUGACUGGGCCUGCGCAGGGCCAGGUGCAGCCUGCGGCCCAGCGUCGCCUGCCCAAUGGCUACCGCUCCUCAUCGCCUUCCACACAUCUCCACGGACCCCCACAAACUGGGCCGCACAAGGUCCCCCCUCCGGCUGGGCAUCCCAGGGGACCCCGUAAGGGCCUGCAUGAACCCUACAGCGAGACGGAGGACGACGACUGGUGCUAGCCUCUGGGGAUGGGGGAGGGGCGUGAGAAGGAAAAAGAAUUGAUAGAUGGACCGAAAGAUGGAAAAAGGGAAGCUCUCGGACCAGAACACUGACUGCCAAGGGAAACCAAGACUUUUUCUUUCUUCCAUCCAUUCAAUUUGUCCUCUCCUCCACUGCUUGGUAGGUCCCAGCGAUGGUGGGCUGGAUGAAGGGAUCAGUGUCAGGGUGAGGGGACGGAACAGGAAUGCUGAGGCAGGAUCUGGAGAAACAAAUGGUUUAAGAGGGGGUGUCACAAGCCACCUCCAUGUUUCUGCAAACAUGCUGUCGCAUUCAUCUCUUGAUGCCAAACGAGACCAACCUCAAACUGCGGUUUUUAAGGAUGCAAGCAAGGAGGGUGAUGGACACUAGUCUUUGUGUGUCUUAAAUUAUGCCUCUGGCAACGAGCUACAGCCACUUACAAGAUGUCAAGAGUUACGACUCGACAAAAGACACUUACAGUCAGAGACAAGAGUGAUCACUUUGGGGGGGGGGGGUUUGUCUGUUUUCUUUCGCUUCUCAAAGCUGACGUCACUUAAGUUAGCUGUAAAAAAAAAAAGAUUCGAAUCCAACCCUCCCAGCCACCA